AUGCAGACUUUUCAGGACCUGUCAGCAGUGAGUGCCUAUGGACGGGACAGCGGUAAUUUACAGGCACAAUAUAAGCACCUGAAUUGGGCUUAAACAAUAGGGUAAAAAACAUUUAGAAACAAUUACCGAGGUCCGGAUAGAGAACAAUGAAGCUCAAGUGGCUUCAGGACUAUUACUACAUUCCUGUCCCUCGUUUGAGUCAGGUUAUGAGAGCACAUGUUGACUGUGGGUGUCAUUCCAUGUCAGUGAUGAACUGCCAUCAGCCCUUCAUUCAGUGUAAUUUGUCUUCACUUACAGUGGAUAGAAUAACUUGGCAUUACACCUCACAAGGAUCUCAUCAUGUGAUAGAAUUAACAUCAAUUAGUGUGCCUGCCACUGCUGAAUGAGUGUAGUGCUGCUGCUGUGCUAUUUUGAGAUGGUAUUUUAUUUGUUGAUGUCACCGAUGGGCAUUUGAAAUGUUUUGACUGUUCGAGUACUCGCCUGAUUUUUUUCUCUCGAGUACUCAAAUAAAAUAAAAUAGGUGUGUCUUGACCACCAUUUGCCUCAUGCAGCGCGACACAUAUCCUUCGCAUAGAGUUGAUCAGGCUGUUGAUUGUGGACUGUGGAAUGUUGUCCCACUCUUCAAUUGCUGUGUGAAGUUGCUGGAUAUUGGCGGGAACUGGAACACACUGUUGUACACGUCGAUCCUGAGCAUUCCAAACAUGCUCAAUGGGUGACAUGUCUGGUGAGUAUGCAGGCCAUGGAAGAACCUGGACAUUUUCAGCUUUCAGGAAUUGUGUAGAGAUCCUUGUGACAUGGGGUCGUGCAUUAUCAUGCUGAAACAUGAGGUGAUGGUGGCGGAUGAAUGGCACGACAAUGGACCUCAGGAUCCUAUCACGUCAUCUCUGUGCAUUCAAAUUGCCAUCGAUAAAAUGCAAUUUUGUUCGUUGUCUGUAGCUUAUGCCUGCCCAUACCAUAACUCCACUGCCACCUUCCAGACAUCAGCAAACCGCUCGCCCACACAACGCCAUACAAGUGGUCUGUGGUUGUGAGGACGGUUGGACGUACUGCCAAAUUCUCUAAAACGAUGUUGUAUUUGUAUUUGUAUUUAUUAUGGAUCCCCAUUAGCUGCUGCCAAGGCAGCAGCUGCUCUUCCUGGGGUCCGGCAAAAUUAAGGCAGUUAUACCAUUUUAAAAACCCUACAAUACAUUCAUAACAGAUUGGUGUGUGCCCUCAGGCCCCUACUCCACCACCACAUAUCUACAACACAAAAUCCAUGUGUGUGUGUAUAGUGCGUAUGUUAUCGUGUGUGUAUGCAUGUGUCUGUGCCUAUGUUUGUGUUGCUUCACAGUCUCCGCUAUUCCAUAAGGUGUAUUUUUAUCUGUUUUUUAAAUCUGAUUCUACUGCUUGCAUCAGUUACCUGAUGUGGAAUAGAGUUCCAUGUAGUCAUGGCUCUAUAGUACUGUGCGCCUCCCAUAGUCUGUUCUGGACUUGGGGACUGUGAAGAGACCUCUGGUGGCAUGUCUUGUGGGGUAUGCAUGGGUGUCUGAGCUGUGUGCUAGUCAUUUAAACAGACAGCUCGGUGCUUUCAACAUGUCAAUACCGCUCACAAAUACAAGUAGUGAUGAAGUCAAUCUCUCCUCCACUUUGAGCCAGGAGAGAUUGACAUGCAUAUUAUUAAUGUUUGCUCUCUGUGUACAUCCAAGGGCCAACCGUGCUGCCCUGUUCUGAGCCAAUUGCAAUUUUCCUAAGUCCCUCUUUGUGGCACCUGACCACAUGACUGAACAGUAGUCUAGGUGCGACAAAACUAGAGUCUGUAGGACGUGCCUUGUUGAUAGUGCUGUUAAGAAGGUAGAGCAGCGCUUUAUUAUGGACAGACUUCUCCCCAUCUUAGCUACUGUUGUAUCAAUAUGUUUUGACCAUGACAGUUUACAAUCCAGGGUUACUCCAAUCAGUUUAGUCACCUCAACUUGCUCAAUUUCCACAUUAUUUAUUACUAUAUUUAGUUGAGGUUUAGGGUUUAGUGAAUGAUUUGUCCCAAAUACAAUGCUUUUAGAUUUUGAAAUAUUUAGGACUAACUUAUUCCUUGCCACCCAUUCUGAAAAUAACUGCAGCUCUUUGUUAAUGAUGAUGCUUCCAUUAAAGAACACCCUCUGUGUUCUGUUAGACAGGUAACUCUUUAUCCACAAUACAGCAGGAGAUGUAAAGCCAUAACACAUUAGUUUUUCCAGCAGCAGACUAUGAUCGAUAAUGUCAAAAGCCGCACUGAAGUCUAACAAAACAGCUCCCACAAUCUUUAUAUCAUCAAUUUCUCUCAGCCAAUCAUCAGUCGUUUGUGUCAGUGCUGUGCUUGUUGAAUGUCCUUCCCUUUAAGCGUGCUGAAAGUCUGUUGCCAAUUUGUUUACUGUAAAAUAGCAUUGUAUCUGUUCAAACACAAUUUUUUCCAAAACUUUACUAAGGGUUGGUAACAGGCUGAUUGGUCGGCUAUUUGAGCCAGUAAAUGGGGCUUUACUAUUAGGUAGCGGAAUGACUUUUGCUUCCCUCCAGGCAUGAGGGCACACACUUUCUAGUAGGCUUAAAUUGAAGAUAUGGCAAAUAGGAGUGGCAAUAUCGACUGCUAUUAUCCUCAGUAAUGUUCCAUCCAAGUUGUCACACCCCGGUGGUUUGUCAUUGUUGAUAGACAACAAUACUUUUUUUCACCUCUUCCACACUCACUUUACGGAAUUCAAAAUUACAAAUCUUGUCUUUCAUAAUUUGGUCAGAUAUAUUUGGAUGUGUAGUGUCAGCGUUUUGUUGCUGGCAUGUCAUGCCGAAGUUUGCUAAUCUUGCCAAUGAAAAAAUAAUUAAAGUAGUUGGCAAUGUCAGCCGGUUGGAGGCGGCUUAUGGUAGAGAAAUGAACAUUCAGUUUUCUGGCAACAGCUACGGUGGAGAUACCUGCAGUCAGCAUGCCAAUUGUACGCUCCCUCAACUAGCACGCUCAGUAACAGGGAUGUAAACAAAUGUGUGCACAAAAUGUGAGAGAAAUAAGCUUUUUGUGCGUAUGGAAAAUUUCUGGGAUCUUUUAUUUCAGCUCAUGAAACAUGGGACCAACACUUUACAUGUUGCGUUUAUAUUUUUGUUCAGUACAUGUUUAGGAGGGGGUUAUAGCGUAGGCUAACCAAUUCUGAAUGGCACUAGCAGUUCGCAAAGUAGCUUAAGCUGAUUUAUUUCAAAACUGCAGCUCGUUGUUGGAACACAUUCUCCUACUUCAGUCAACCAGUCUAUUUUGAAUUUGUAAAAUAAAUGUCAUUUUGCAAGGAAUGUAGCUUGUGUGUCCCAUCAGUUAGAUACGUUUUUAUAGGUAUUUAUUUCUGUAGGCCUAACGGGAGCUUGUGUGCACACUCAGCAUGCGUGUGGAGGGAGCGGUCGGAACGCAACUGAGUGAAUGAGACACUGAGGGGAAAGGGAAUUUAGGGAGAAGAACAGUGUGAUGCUUGGCUUGGUUUAUUUUUUUGUUGUGCCCCGCAAAUGCACAUACACAUGCACAAAUGGAACACUAGAGUUAAAGCAAAUUAACGUUGUUUUCAAGACAAAAUUUCACUUGCCCGUUCGGGCAGCCACAAAGCACAUUCCACCAAAUAGUUUUACAAUAUUAGUUUUUUUUAUCUCUGGUUAAAGAUCCCUGCUUUGACGUCUGUUCGAGUACUCAUGCCCAUCCCUAGUCACAGAGUGUCUGACUGUUCUCUCCCUGCCAUACAGAGGAGCUGAAUCUGGACAUGCAUCAGUAAAGUGAUUUGGGUAUUAUGCUACCUUGUUACUUUUUAUUUCGUAUUAUUUUAUAUUGAAUAUUUUUGUGAUUUUUAUUUGGGUAUUCUUUCUUCAAACUGCAUUGUUGGUUAAGGGCUUGUAAGUAAGCAUUUCACUGUAAGGUCUACCUACACCUGUUGUAAUCGGCGCAUGUGACAAAUACGAUUUGAUUUGAUCUGUGCAAGAUUAGAUUAGAGAAUAGAGACGGUUACUCAUACUGUUGUGAUUGUGUAUAUCAGACAAUAGCCAUAGGGAAGGCUAGGCUGCAUCCCACUUACUGAAGCCACUACGUAGGCUUACAACGUCAUCAUCUGUCUUUAAAUGUAGCCUACAGUUGCACACCUUUGCAUUUUGAGUUACGUAGAAGCGUCAAGCUUUUGUUUGCAGCAAUACCGGUUUAGGCCUAGCUCUGACUGUUCUCUCUCUUCUUGCAUGCCUGGCAAUUACUCUCACUCUCUGAAGGUAAGGGAAGGGUUUUUGUGUUGAAAUUUGUUGAGCGCUCACUCAGCUCAGCUGUAUGGGGCAAAGGCUAAGAGGCAUUGGCCUAACUCCAGUGUGUCAUUUUGACACACAUUUUUUUGCUUUGUCAAUUGUGGUGACUGUUAAAUAAAUCAGAAAGAUUGUUCACUACACUAGAUAGGAGGUAAAAGAGCAAAUUCACAAUGACAUUGAGAACAUACUGUAGCCUCUCAACUGCAUUCUGACAAAUGGUAAAUGUCCUCACCUUUUCUCUCUGUUAUUGGACAAAAUUAGGAUAAUGGCUUAUUUAUUGAUUUGUCUUUGGUAAUUAGCCUGAAGAGCUCCGGGUCUGUCUAUCCGACUGAGGGUUCUCCCUCCCUGUACUAUGGACAUUCGGCUAUCACUAUCAACACUAACUAUCAGCUGUACUAUGGACAUUCGGCUAUCACUAUCAACACUAACUAUCAGCUGUACUAUGGACAUUCGGCUAUCACUAUCAACACUAACUAUCAGCUGUACUAUGGACAUUCGGCUAUCACUAUCAACACUAACUAUCAGCUGUACUAUGGACAUUCGGCUAUCACUAUCAACACUAACUAUCAGCUGUACUAUGGACAUUCGGCUAUCACUAUCAACACUAACUAUCAGCUGUACUAUGGACAUUCGGCUAUCACUAUCAACACUAACUAUCAGCUGUACUAUGGACAUUCGGCUAUCACUAUCAACACUAACUAUCAGCUGUGGAAGACCAUCGCCUAAAACAAGACCUGCCACUGCCCGAACCCUACAUUUUGUUUUGUUUUGUUUUUAAAGUGUCUUUGAGAUUCUCUUUGUAAUGAAAAGCGCUAUAUAAAAGACAUCUAUUAUUAUUGGAAAUUGUAUCCAGCCUUUGGUGUGGCUUAGGGCUUUAUUUCGUCAGAGACACAAUGUUGCUUUCGACUGUAGCUUAUUCAAGACUACGAGUGUAUUAGUAUGACUGUUUCAUUCCCCCUCCUUGCAUAAAAUAUAAUAAGGACUUGUCAGAAAACAUAGCUCUCUUGGAGUGUUAGCACACAAGAGAAACUGUACUAGAAUAGAAUAGCUAGCUUUGCCGUUUCAGUGCUGCAAGUGUUUGGAAGAUGCAAACAUCAUGUUUGAGUUUGUCCUCUAGGUCAGUUCCAUGUUACCCAGUCAGCAACGCCCCGGCCCUGCGGAACUGCCCCACCCACUCAGCAACGCCCCGGCCCUGCGGAACUGCCCCACCCAGUCAGCAACGACCCGGCCCUGCGGAACUGCCCCACCCAGUCAGCAACGCCCCGGCCCUGCGGAACUGCCCCACCCACUCAGCAACGCCCCGGCCCUGCGGAACUGCCCCACCCACUCAGCAACGCCCCGGCCCUGCGGAACUGCCCCACCCAGUCAGCAACGACCCGGCCCUGCGGAACUGCCCCACCCAGUCAGCAACGCCCCGGCCCUGCGGAACUGCCCCACCCACUCAGCAACUCCCCGGCCCUGCGGAACUGCCCCACCCAGUCAGCAACGCCCCGGCCCUGCGGAACUGCCCCACCCAGUCAGCAACGCCCCGGCCCUGCGGAACUGCCCCACCCAGUCAGCAACGCCCCGGCCCUGCGGAACUGCCCCACCCAGUCAGCAACGCCCCGGCCCUGCGGAACUGCCCCACCCAGUCAGCAACGCCCCGGCCCUGCGGAACUGCCCCACCCACUCAGCAACGCCCCGGCCCUGCGGAACUGCCCCACCCAGUCAGCGGUCUUGUUGUGGCACUGUUUUGUUGGCCAAAUCGAGUGGAGGUCAACCUCAGUGCACAAUUCUGUUAUGUCCAAUUUCCACCCAAUCCAUUCCUUAACUCUCACUCAAUCAUGGUCUUUCCCUGGGCAGAAUGACAACAGAAUCAAAAUCACCAGGCUCAACCAAGCGCCGGACACAUCACCGCUAGUGACAGGCUCUGUUACUGAGAUGACCGGGAGCCCUGUUUUGGCUGUGCAUAUCAUAUAAAACAGGAAGAUAACAUCUUGGCCUAAAAUUGACCAAAUCUAGGCCCUAUGUUGUGGCAAAAGAUCGGUAGAAAGGGAUAUGACAAGCUUUAAACCUUGACUAUAACAAAAUGUUGCUUUCAAAAGCUUUUUUGACCUUUCCACAUUCCUUGUGUCUUCAACCCCAUUGGACAUGAGACUAUUAAACACUGACCAGCACUGUACUGAAAACAGCUAAACAGCAUCCUCUCCAGCUCCUCAUGAGUUAUUCUGGAGUAUUUUGAUUUUUAGAAGAGGGAGGAUUGACAUACUUCCCUGGAUUUUACAUGGGGCCUGUGAGCAACAAGCGUCAAGUGAAACACUGAGUUGUGCUGCAAAGCUUAACCCUCAGGUAGUUUGUGUCGACUUCAUGGUGGACUCCCACACACUGUAGUAGACAGGAGCUGCUCUCCCACAGCAGAGGUUAAUGGGGUGCUCAGCCGUUUGUGGCUGGUUGGCUUCCCUCUGUUUUGAGAGAAUGCCCUGAAGUAGACGUCUGUUAUGAAGUGAUUUGAAAGGCUAGUUAAGGACCAUACAGUGAGGGAAGAAAGUAUUUGAUCCCUUGCUGAUUUUGUACGUUUGCCCACUGACAAAGACAUGAUCAGUCUAUAAUUUUAAUGGUAGGUUUAUUUGAACAGUGAGAGACAGAAUAACAACAACAAAAUCCAGAAAAACGCAUGUCAAAAAAGUUAUAAAUUGAUUUGCAUUUUAAUGAGGGAAAUAAGUAUUUGACCCCUCUGCAAAACAUGACUUAGUACUUGGUGGCAAAACCCUUGUUGGCAAUCACAGAGGUCAGACAUUUCUUGUAGUUGGCCACGGAGGUAGUUGGCCAACUACAAGUAGUUGGCCAAGGAGGUUCUCACCCAAUAUUUGACGGUACAUGGCCCCGUCCAUCGUCCCUUUGAUACGGUGAAGUUGUCCUGUCCCCUUAGCAGAAAAACACCCCCAAAGCAUAAUGUUUUCACCUCCAUGUUUGAUGGUGGGGAUGGUGUUCUUGGGGUCAUAGGCAGCAUUCCUCCUCCUCCAAACACGGCGAGUUGAGUUGAUGCCAAAGAGCUCGAUUUUGGUCUCAUCUGACCACAACACUUUCACCCAGUUCUCCUCUGAAUCAUUCAGAUGUUCAUUGGCAAACUUCAGACGGCCCUGUAUAUGUGCUUUCUUGAGCAGGGGGACCUUGCGGGUGCUGCAGGAUUUCAGUCCUUCACGGCGUAGUGUGUUAUCAAUUGUUUUCUUGGUGACUAUGGUCCCAGCUGCCAUGAGAUCAUUGACUAGAUCCUCCCGUGUAGUUCUGGGCUGAUUCCUCACCAUUCUCAUGAUCAUUGCAACUCCACGAGGUGAGAUCUUGCAUGGAGCCCCAGGCCGAGGGAGAUUGACAGUUUUGUGUUUCUUCCAUUUGCAAAUAAUCGCACCAACUGUUGUCACCUUCUCACCAAGCUGCUUGGCGAUGGUCUUGUAGCCCAUUCCAGCCUUGUGUAGGUCUACAAUCUUGUCCCUGACAUCCUUGGAGAGCUCUUUGGUCUUGGCCAAAGUGGAGAGUUUGGAAUCUGAUUGAUUGAUUGCUUCUGUGGACAGGUGUCUUUUAUACAGGUAUCAAGCUGAGAUUAGAAGCACUCCCUUUAAGAGUGUGCUCCUAAUCUCAGCUCGUUACCUGUAUAAAAGACACCUGGGAGCCAGAAAUCUUUCUGAUUGAGAGGGGGUCAAAUACUUAUUUCCCUCAUUAAAAUGCAAAUCAAUUUAUAACAUUUUUGACAUGCGUUUUUCUGGAUUUUUUCUGUCUCUCACUGUUCAAAUAAACCUACCAUUAAAAUUAUAGACUGAUCAUUUCUUUGUCAGUGGGCAAACAUACAAAAUCAGCAGGGGAUUAAAUACUUUUUUCCCUCACUGUAUCUCCUCCAUCUUACCUGACACCCUAGAUCCACUACAAUUUGCAUACCGCCCCAACAGAUUCACGGAUGACGCAAUGGCCAUUGCACUGCACACUGCCCUAUCCCACCUGGACAAGAGAAAUACCUAUGUUAGAAUGCUGUUCAUCGACUACAGCUCAGCCUUUCAACACCAUAGUACCCUCCAAGCUCAUCACUAAGCUCAGGGCCCUGGGUCUGAACCCCUUCCUGUGCAACUGGGUCCUGGACUUCCUGACGGGCCGACCCCAGGUGGUGAAGGUAGGCAACAACACCUCCGCCACGUUGAUCCUCAACACGGUGGCCCCACAGGGGUGUGUGCUCAGCCCCCUCCUGUACUUCCUGUUCACCCAUGACUGCGUAGCCAUGCACAUCUCCAACUCAAUCAUUAAGUUUGCUGACGACACAGCAGUGAUAGGCCUGAUUACCAACAACGAUGAGACAGCCUACAGGAAGGAGGUGAGAGCCCUGGCAGAGUGGUGCCAGCAAAAUAACCUCUCCCUCAAUGUCAACAAAAGGAAGGAGCUGAUUGUGGACUAAAGGACACAGCAGACAGAGCACGCCCCCAUCCACAUCGACAGGAGAGGGUCAAAAGCUUCAAGUUCCUUUGCGUGAACAUCACUGAGGACCUAAAAUGGUCCCUUCACACCUACAGUGUGGCGAAGAAGGCACAAGAGCGCCUCUUCAACCUCAGGAGGCUGAAGAAAUUCGGCUUGGCCCCUAAGACCCUCACAAACUUCUACAGAUUCACGAUUGAGAGCAUUCUGUCCGGCUGUAUCACUGCCUGGUAUGGCAUUUGCAUUGUCUGCAACUGCAGGUCUCCCCAGAGGAUGAUGCGGUCAGCUGCUAAACUGUACGCAACCAAUAACAUUUGAUUUGAGUUAGCAGGCUAUGGGCACAUCUGUGAGUGAUCACUGUCCGUGAUGUGCCUUGAUCCUGGUUGAUGGACAAGGGAAGCUCACUUUGGUACUAAAAACAUGUUUUUACUCAGCAUAUUUCAUACUGUCUGGUACAUGGCUUAAACCCUUUUUUUUUUAUCAAGACAAAUAACACUUUUCCAGGAUACAUUUUGUUCUCCCUUUCAUUCAUAGCCAGGCCAUUAUGGGUUGAAUAAGCCCUAGAAUUGUUGUACCUCUUAAAAACAAUGCUAAUCCCCAAAACAUUGCUGUGGCCUAGUUUUAAUGAAUACCCUGAUGGUCUGUGUGGUGUUCCAGAUUACAGCCUAUUCUUUAUUAUUUUCACCCGAAUAUAUUACAAUGCACGGCAUUGUUAAAAGGGUUGGAUCCCCCAGAUAGGACGUGUUGGAUGCUGUGUUUUGAAUAAUAUAUAUUUUUUUCUUCUUCUCAUUAUUGAUCUUGGUUAGUUUACAUCAAAGCUACUGAGUGUGCAGGCUUUUGUCCAGCCCUGCUCUAAAGGCUGUAACAAAACCACUGCGUACCCAGUAGCUCUCCAGGAGGCAGUGUAAUAAUAUAAUUUAUUCAACUUUUAAAGUGAUAUUCAUUACAUAAAGAAAUCUCAAAGCGCUGUAAAUCAACAACAAAAAACAAGCUAUUUAAAAACAAGAUCAUUAAUCAUCAUGUGUAGUUCAAGAGAUUGAGAAAGUUCAUGGCUUGAUUGAGGUCAGUGGAGGGAGGAGGUGGUCAAAGGGGAGACGUGUAGGGUAACAUGGUCUAUUUUCAGACAUGGACAUUUCAUUAUGGGUUGCUAAAGUGGUCUUGAGGAGAGGGGUGGAGUGAAAGUGCUCCUUCAGGGAGAGAGAGGGUCCAGGCUAUGUGCACUCAGUUUAACAAGGUUCUAGAGCAGAUUUUUACAUUAACCUAAUAAAAACAGUUCUGUAAGAAUGGGGUUUGGGCAGUAGGCCUAAUGCAUUAUCACAGCAUAUUGGCUAUAUGCCUGGCCUGCCAAUAUUGUUCUUCUCAGACCAUAUUAUAUUUCAAAACACGAGCUUUGAUUACAAAAUAGAUCAGUUGGUGUAGCACCUGCGAGGCACAGCUGAGCAUAAAUUGAAAUAAUUUGCAAAUAAUUUGCUUUUUUAUUUUACUGGACUGAUGGUACCUGCAUCUGAUGGUCAUGGUGCUUUCAAGACAACUGGGAACACGGAAAAAAAACUAGGUCAAAUAAUGACGUCAGUGAUCUUCAGGUUGGAAAAUCGGAGGUCUAAAAAGAUGUCAGAGUUUCCGACUUGGAAUUCAGUUGUCUUGAACGCACUGAAGUCGGAAGUCGGAGAUUUCCAAGUUCCCAGUUGUUUUGAACACGGCGUUAGUCUCAGCGGAGGUAGGGAGGGAGGGAGAGAGCAGCAGAGGGUACGUCUCUCAUGGUCCUUGCUCUGUCCUUCCUUUCCUCCGGUGAGACUGACCAGAGAGAGGGGACACCGUCUUCCACCUGAUGGCAAAAGUCGAGUCGCACCCCACCGCAUCUGCCUCAUGCACAAAUUCAUGUUGUUCCUAUGACCAGAGAAAGUGAAAUAUUCCUCGACUUUAAAAUAAACACGACGAGCUGCUAAUAAUAAUAAUAAUAACACAGGGCUAUCGAUACACUUGGCUACUCAUUCAUUGUAGCUGCAGCGCGAGGGGAUGUAGGGAGAAGAGCGUUUUGUAAUAGUGUUGAAUAAAAACAGUGACAGUGCUGAAUAAAAUGUUUAACAUGAACUCACUCAUAAAAACAGCAUCUCUUUGCUGUGUUCUUUGGCAGUCUCUCUGUGGUCAUGGUUUUAAAAGUGAUUCAAUCUUACGUAGGCUAGUAUCAAACUUUGCGUUGGCGGGGUUUGUGGAAGCGCUGUAUGCACAGUGAUUUGAGCUAUCCGAUUGGCCAGCGCAGUAGGCGAACUCGAUUUAGCCAUAGAUAGCGGAGUUUGUCUUUUAGACAAAUGAAAUGGUUAAAAAUGGGAACACUUUGCUUACCCAGUGCGCAGGGCUUUUGAAUCAAGUGCACCAACCGUCAACAGCCCAAUUCGGAUCCGAGUUGGACCACAUGUCCCGGAUUGUGCAGGACAGUCCCGCAUUUGGGCCCUGCCGUCCCGCAACCAAACAAUCAUGUCCCGCAUUUUAUCAACACAUUCAGACACCACUCAUUUAGAAAAAAUGGUCAAUUUGUCCCGUAUUUCAGUCAGACAUUCUGACCUGUCCCUUGCAGUCACGUUGCGCUUAUGAAAAUGCAUAUAUCAUAAGGAUGUGGUAGCCUAAGCCUACUGGUGAAGCCCAGUUCUCCAGUCGUUCUUGAGAUCUGGUAUUCUGCGCCGCGCAAGAGGAAAAGUAAUGUAAUUGGCCUAUCAUCAACCAAUCAUAUUUCUCAAACCCUUUCAGGCUAAAUUCCAGCUAAACUUGGAGAGGACAGUUAGGCCUAACUACUUACGAAAAUGUGAUUUCCUUAUAUGAACUGUAAUUCUGUAAAAUAUUAUAAAUUGUUACAUGUUGCGUUUUAUAUUUCUGUUCAGUAUAAAUAGCUGUAGACUGAAAGAUAAGGUAAUUUCAUCAAACUUUUGAGGCUCUGCAUGCUCAUCAGUUGCUCAUUCAACAAAUUUGCUGCUACUUCACUCAAUUCUGUUUUUAAAAGUCUCCCUUCCUAACUGUUUUACAUUCCCUGAGACCAACCAGAAAGUUUCUUGGCCAAAUAUUUGCAGAUUUUGUGGUCUCUCGUUUCUGCAUCACCAAAUUUUGCGCAGGCAAAAGAGUAGGCUAGGUGCGCUUCUAUUGCUCAUUCGUUGCACGGACUGCAGGAGCUUCGCUCCGCCACUUCAGGUCAAAACUGAAUCAAUGUCUUGUAAGAGCACAUAAUGAUUAAUUAGUAUUUGACAUAACAUAUCGAAAUGUAUAGUAUGAAAAAUGUAUGCACUCACUAAUUGUAAGUCGCUCUGGAUAAGAGCGUCUGCUAAAUGACUAAAAUGUAAAUGUAAAUGUAUAGUAGGGCUGACUCCAUUUAGUCGACUGGUCGAUUGUUUGGUUGGUAGGCUGUUGGUCGACCAAUUUUUUUUUAGUUGAGCACUAUAUUUAAAAAAGAUCUCAUGGUAUAGCUGUCUGAUUCGUGCCUGUCUGAGUGGACUAAUCCAUUGUGGAGGCCGUGGGGAUGGCACAGUCCAUCACUCAAAGACGUGCUACUGAAAUUGUAUAUGGUUAUAGUACAAUUUCGGCAAUUGCAUUCACAAAUGAAUGUGACCAUUUUUUGUCUUUGCUGUAAUAAAGGCUUAGCAAAAAAUUUUUACAACAGACUCUCUGGUACGCUUAUAAUGCAUUUAGUGUUGUUUACAUCGUUCCAAACGGUCAGAGAAAUUAUAUUGUAAUCUAUACAGCACCUGUUUGGCACACAUAAUAUGCACGCAGCGCUUGCUCCAUACCUUAUUUUUCUUGAUCUCCAGUAUUUUCCACAACUAGUCAAAUGUUUUUAUUCAUGUAGGCUACACUGUCCCGCAAAAUCAUCCUGUUGUCCCGCAUUUGGGUAUUUUAAAUGUGGUCACCCUAGAUCCGACCCCAAAACAUGUCAGAGCUGAGAGUGAAUCGGCUCCAAAUUGGGUCGGGCCUGUAUCCGACCCAAAUGGAUCCGAAAGAUUUAAAAAAUGCAGCUUUAUUGCCGCGCAAUCCAGCGGAAUUGUUUUGACUAGUCUGGCAGUGAACUUUAACAUGCGUUUUCGGUUGUAUCUAAAAUAUGCUAAUUGAUUUGUGGUCUACAGCUUAGUAUUUUUAUAAUGACAUCCCUAUAGUUAGAUAUUGAAUAUUUGAGUUGGAUAAUUUUUUUAUUAUCAUCGCGAGCCAGACUGAGCGCAGCGAAUAGUUGUAACCUAAUAUUUUGUUUACUGAGCAACAUUACAAUCUAGCAUAUUUAACUGUUUUCAUCAACACUGAUUUAGACUAAAGGUAGGCUGUAGCCUGUUUGACCAGCAAGCUUCAAAAUCAAUUCAGAAAGUAUUCACACCCAUUGAUUGUCUUUACCACAUUUUGUUUUUACAGCCUGAAUUUAAAAUGGAUUAAAUUGAGAUUUUGUGCCACUGAUCUACUACACACAAUACCCCAUAAUGUCAAAGUUGAAUUAUGUUUUUAGAAAUGUUUACAAAUUCAUUCAAAUGAAAAGCUGAAGUGUCUUGAGUCAAGAAGAGUGAAGAAAUGAAAGUUCACAGAAGUAAGAAAAGUUAGACCUACCAAUUAGUUAGUGUUUUUAGUGAUAUCAAGUUUGUUUAUGAAUUAUUUGGUGAUUAAAACUCGAAUUCUGUUGACAAAUUGGUAACGAAAUUACCGAAAAAUCAGUAAUGGAAUUAUUGCAAUUGAAUUGGCUACAAUCGGAAAUCCAUAGUAGUCACAAACCACAGUUGGGUCACCUGCUACUGUCCUCUCUUCCACUGGCAUACUGUUAUGUUCAGCUCAUAACUGUUUUCUCUCUUUCUGUCUUCUUGUGGUAAAAGCAAGACUGUGAAAACAGUCUUCUCUCGCUCUUCUCGCUCUCUCCAGUUAAUGUCACCUCUUCCGGCUCUUACUGACACCUACCAUGACACAUACCACCUACCCUCUUUCUAUUUACUCUAACAAGCAUCCUUUCCCACUGAACCAAUCAUAGAUGUUUGUUUCACAAGUUUGGACAGCACAAUACAGUACAGUAGAGCACACAAGAGUAAAGUACAGUAUAAUGUACUGUACUAUACAUAUUUACUGUACUAUGCUGUACUGUGAUGUCCAAACUUCUGACACAUAGACGGCUAUGAUUGGUGUGGGAAAUUAUUCUCUUAUAUUUUAGAUGUGCUGUUAGCUUAAUAAGAAAGCAUUAAUGAUUAAACAUAAUAGGUUUGUGCUGUACUGAUAUAGACUGUUUAACAUAACAAGCUGUGAUUCAUGUGAGGAGCUGUUAGGGGGUAGGGAGAGAUAAGACUUGUGAUUCACUUACACAAACACUACCUCUUUGUUGAACUGCCCAAGGACAUAUGUACAAAGUGUACAGUUAGAGUGGGAAAGUACAGGAAAACUGUGUCUAUGGGUGCUGACUCUCUGGACAAGUUGCAAAACAACUGAUGCCUGGCAACAGUGAAGCGCCAAGGGCAUGGGACCAGCCUGUGCGCCAACGAUAGGCUGAGUAAGUCUAAACCACGCUCAGUCUCUACUCUGAUAGGCCAGCAGGGAGCAGGAACUAUCUCUGUCAGAGUAUUUAAAGAAGAACUUAUAACAAUGGACCAGUUCUCUGUCUGCCCUGCGUGGUAUUUCAGUGGACCCGUAUAUACGAACAUCAUAUUUACCAUUGAAGUGUUUUGCAUUAAUUAAAAUACUAGUCUAUUUUAGAAGACGUGUAUUGACCUCCUUUUUGUUCCAAUACCAGAUUUGAAUUGACGCAACUUAACAUUGUUUUAGAUUUGGUCUGGUCCGGACCAACCAAAUGUGGUCUUGUUUAGGGGUGGAGGUCAUUAGAAUAAUAGCCAGUGUGUAGAAUAAUACACAAAUAUGCAAAAGAAGGAUACUGCAUUUUUCUACCUUUGUGUACCUAUUCAGGAUACAUCACCAUGAAGAUAAUGACAUUCAUAUCCAUAAUUAUGCAUUUCUGUAUAGUACAGAUCAGGGACCCAUAAUAUAAUUCCGUUAGCGGCUGUAAAUCCACUUCACCUACUACUGUAGUUCAUUAACCAAAAUAUAUAUUUUUUUAACUCAAGGUGUCAUGUCAUAGCUGACACCCCAUUCUUUCUGUAGACAUAUUUGAAUCAUAAUUCAGAGCAGAUAUGUAUACGUUUUUGGAAAACGUGGUCGCAUAAAAAAAACUGAGGGAGAUUUUACUUAUAUUCUGUUACCAAACUUUGCAUCUGCACAGUUCUUCCAGUAAAUGUGUUAAAAUUGUAUGGUUUGUUAAACUUUGAAAUCAAUGGUUUUUGUUUGGCAUACAUUUUAAAGUGAAAAAUCUGUCAGUUUCCGUGGAAUUGCCCUACAUCUGAUGACUGAUAACAGGCAUGCUCCUUUACUGGCAGGCUAAUUCAAAUCUUGCUGGACUUGGGUUGAUGCUCUACUCUAUGCUGGUAUCUCAGCCCUCUCCUUAAUAAAGGCAUGCUGUUGGAAGUUGCUGUAUACCAAAGGCUGCACUAGGCCUAUUAGGCUACUAAUCAAGCCCCUGACAUCAUCUUGAACCAGUGUUUCACUUGUCUCAGUAGCAUUACAAUAUGUUACCCAGACAGUGGACUGUGAGUCAGUCCAGGACUUUAGUCAGACCUCUUGUGCAUUGGCAUUUAGCUCUGUUACCACCAGCCAAAACCCAAGCAACACCAGCCUUUGUGUUGGAGUCUGAAAUGUCAGGUUUUAGUUUUAAGGAGUGUGCAAUUAAGGUCAUAAUUGUCAGUCAUGGUGAGUGUGGUAGAUUGGAACACUAACUGGUCGGUUUGUUGCCACAUACUGGUAAUCAUCUUUUCAGAAUAUGUUACAGCUAGCCUACUCCUCACCACCGUUUCACUGUGUGGUUUUGCUCUGGCAAAUGUCUCAGCAGUUAAUUUUAAGCUGUAGUGGAGGGUAAGGUCAAUGAAGCCAGAUGGAGAGCUAUGGUGGGACUCUGGCCAAGACACAGACUGUUACUACAGCCUGGGAUUCAAUUAUAUCUACAGCAUGAACCUCACAAUUACAUCUCACUGCCAAUAUCACUGCAAAAAGCUGACCUUGGUCCGACUAUCAUCUCAUUUCAACCUCCGUGUCUCACAUAGCCUCCUAAACCACACAAACAUAUGUAAAAAAAAAUAUAUAUAUAUAUAUAUAUAUGUGAACGCAGCAAUCAGUGUGUUUUAUGUCACACACACACAACGGUUUCCUGAACUAACCUCUCUCUCUCAUUCCUUUUGUAUGAAGGUUCACCAAGAACCUGUCCCCAGACAAGAUCAACCUGAGCACGCUGAAGGGCGAGGGCCAGCUGUCCAACCUGGAGCUGGAUGAAGAGGUGCUGCAGAACAUGCUGGACCUGCCCACCUGGUUGGCGGUCACCCGGGUCUACUGCAACAAGGCUGCAAUCAGGGUGAGACAACCGUGUUCUUCUGAUAAUAAACCAUGUCAAAUCCAUAUCAGUCUUUCCCUAGGGCUGUGGCAGUCAUGUCAUUUUGUCAGUUGGUUAUUGUCAUGCAAAAUACUGCCGGUCUCACGGUAAUUUACAGUUAAUUAACAUAAACACGUUUAGCAUCUCCAGGCCUCCACACAUACAGCAUUGCCUAGGGCUAUACGUUCCCUCCCAGACUCAUGGAUAUACAUUUUGGAGCAUAGCAUAAGGUAACCAGUCCAUCCAGUAUGCAUAAUAAUAUAUCCACACUCAAAGGCGAUUACUCGAAUUUGUUAAAUUUUUUUGUAUAGGCUAGACCAGUUAUGUACCAAAGACAUCUUAAAUCAGUUUUGUUGUAUGUUUUUCUGCCAUGUGUAAUAUGCGGUAGACUAUGUAUUGUAUAAGGGGGGUAGGGGAUGGUUGGGCUCAUAAGCCUAUGCAUACAGUGCAUUCUGAAAGUUUUCAUACCCCUUGACUUUCUCCACAUUUUGUUAAUUUACAGCCUUACUCUAAAAGGGAAUCAUUUUUUUUCUUCUUAUCAAUCUACACACAAUACCCCAUAAUGACACAGCAAAAACAGGUUUUUAGAAAUGUUUGCUUAACUUAAAAAUAAAUAAAUAUAAAAGUUACAUAAGUAUUCAGACCCUUUACUCAGUACUUGGUUGAAGCACCUUUGGCAGCGAUUAAAGCCUCGAGUCUUCUUGGGUAUGACGCUACAAGCUUGGCACACCUGUAUUUGGGGAGUUUCUCCCAAUCUUCUCUGCAGAUCCUCUCAAGCUCUAUCAGGUUGGAUGGGGAGUGUUGCUGCACAGCUAUUUUCAGGUCUCUCCAGAGAUGUUCGAUCGGGUUAAAGUCCGGGCUCUGGCAGGGCUACUCAAGGACAUUGCUGCCACUACCAUGCUUCACCAUAGGGAUGGUGCCAGGUUUCCUCCAGACAUGACGCUUGGCAUUCAGGCCAAAGAGUUCAAUCUUGGUUUCAUCAGACCAGAGAAUCUUGUUUCUUAUGGUCUGAGAGUCCUUUAGGUGCCUUUUGGCAAACUCCAAGGGGGCUGUUGUGCCUUUUCCUGAGGAAUGGCUUCUGUCUGGCCACUCUACCAUAAAUGCCUGAUUGGUGGAGUGCUGCAGAGAUGGUUGUUCUUCUGGAAGGUUCUCUCAUCUCCACAGAGGAACUCUGGUGCUCUGUCAGAGUGACCAAUCAGGUUCUUGGUCACCUCCCUGACCAAGGUCCUUCUCCCCCAAUUGCUCAGAUUGGCGGGGCAGCCAGCUCUAGGAAGAGUCUUGGUGGUUCCAAACUUCUUCCAUUUAAGAAUGAUGGAGGACACUUUGUUCUUGGGGACCUUCAGUGCUGCAGGGAUGUUUUGGUACCCUUCCCCAGAUCUGUGCCUCGACACAAUCCUGUCUCGGAGCUCUACGGACAAUUCCUUCGACCUCAUGGCUUGGUUUUUGCUCUGACAUUCACUGUCAACUGUGGGACCUUAUAUAGACAGGUGUGUGCCUUUCCAAAUCAUGUGCAAUCCAUUGAAUUUACCACAGGUCGACUCCAGUCAAGUUGCAGAAACAUCUCAAGGAUGAUCAAUGGAAACAGGAUGCACCUGAGCUCAAUUUCGAGUCUCAUAGCAAAGGGUCUGAAUACUUAUGUAAAUAAGGUAUUUCAGUUUGAUUUAUUUUAUAAAAAAACCUGUUUUUGCUUUGUCAUUAUGGGGUAUUGUGUGUAGAUUGAUGAGGAAAUGUUUUUAUUUAAUCAAUUUUAGAAUAAUGCUGUAACGUAACAAAAUGUGGAAAAAGUGAAGGGGUCUGAAUACUUUCCGAAGUCACUGUGUGCUCUAAUAUGUGUAUGGGUGUUUGAAUUAAUCAUCACCUUAGAAAGCGCUGUCCAUUUCGUUGUGUUAGGCUUUGAAUCAACAUCCACAACAACCAUGUUUUACACUCAGUUUCAACCUGCUGUUGAACUUCUUUCAUUUCAUCUAAUUGAUCAUCACAGUGAGGUGAGUUUUAAAAGCACACACUGUUUUGAUGACAAGUGUUUGAUGUGGUUUUCGUUGGCAUUUGCAUUGAUGUCAGUGUGGUUAGGGGGACAAUAGAGCCCUGAGUACCAGGCCAUUAGGACCUGAUGGUCGUUAGCAAGUUGAGUACUACCAACGCAUGUCCAGAGUGCAUAAGAGGAGAUUACAGUGACUCAACGGUCACGUGGAAUUUUAUUGCGGUCAUGACUCAUGACUGCCGGUGUGGCGGUAAUACGAUCACCGCAACAGCCCUAUCUUUCCCCAAUGGAAAUUGCUGCAUACAGAUAAGAAAGGGUUUUCCAGAAUUAUAUCACUGCAUUAAUUUUGUAGUUAAAGCUUGAAUCCUUAAUGGUGAAACAGCCACGUCCGUUUGCCACGUCCGUUACCGCAAACAACGAAAACAGUGUUUUCCCCCCUCAGAUAUCAUUGCACGCGUUAUAGAAGAGCACAAUAUGUACUGCAAUUUUUUUCCCCAUGCUGCUGACACAAAAACAAUAAGAGCGAUGGUGGGGCGGCCAGUGGCACUGUUUCCCCCUACUGCGGAUUCCAUCUUUAAUGUCAGUAUAUGCUGACCAAAGGAAGAUUAACAUGAAAGCAGUAAAGCACUGCCAAGCAAAACAUAUGGUGAGUGGUUUGACAAGACCAUGUUAUUGUGGUUUCACUGUGUAGCCUUUAGCUCCAUCAAUGAAAGCCACAGAGGGCAUAAGCUACACACGCUCCCUGCCAGCAGUCCAGAGAUAAGCAGUACUGCUGUCUGAUAACACUGAGAUCAGUGCACACAUCUCUAGACCCACUGCUAUCUCCAGAUAACAGAGAGAGAAACAGUGUGGAAGAACACAAAAGGUCAGAGGCUAGCAACAGCACCGGACAAGGCCUGAAUGGAGCAACCUGUUUAGGGAGAUGUGGACUAGAUCAGAGGAGAUGAGCUCUGCGUGGGUUGCCUCUUGAGGGCCCUGGUGUCCCUUUUAUCUCCAAUAUUACUAGUUUGAAGCCAGUCUAGGUCAGAUAUUAGUCUACAAGGAGAGGUCUAAAAGCACAAGCCUCAUUGUUUCUUGGUGUAGGCUAUCUUGUGCACAGUGAAUGAUAAACAUUACAGUAGAACAGUGCUGAGGAAAGUGUUUGUGCAUGACUGGUCCCCUGCUGUUUUGUCUCCCUUAGAUACAAUGGACAAAGUUGAAGACCAGCCCUAUCUGCCUGGUAUGAAUUCUGCUCUUUGUUCUAUUCCUCCAUGAGUUUGUUGACUUUUCUCUUUUUCUUUCUCUCGCUCUCCUUCUGUCUCUCGCCCUUUCUUUCUCUUGUAACAGAUUGUAUGGUUUCAUGUUGUUAUACUGCUAUCAGGGUGUGGCCUCAGGCUAUAGCCUACAAUGUUGACCCAUGGUAUCCUUGCAGUUCCUGGACAAGGUAGAGGUGGAGAUGAGAACGUGUGAGGAGCCCCGCGCCCCAAAUGGUCCCUCCCCUAUUGCCAUCACUGCUGGCCAGAGGUACGCCUUAUCUGUUCUGUCUGUUUGGAACCUUUUGAGGGAUUUCACUGUUCAUGCUCUUUACUAGUGAAAGGAUAGAUACAUAGUUAUAUGCAAUUGUUCAUAUGUUGUUAGUAAUAAUGUGAUGUAAAGUCUAGAUUCUCAUCUUUUUGCAGUGAGUAUGGCUUUGCUGAGAAGGUGGUGGAGGGUAUGUCAGUCAUCAUCAACUCCAUCACCAUCAAAGUGCAGUCCCGUGCCUUCCAUGCUUCCUUCGAGCUCUGGCAGCUCCAGGGUAACAGUCUCAACCCCAAAUGGCAGAAAACUGACCUCCGCUACACCCGCAUCACAGACCCCAAGAGAGGAGAGGUACACUCACAUAAUUAACUUACCACGAUUAUAUUGUAUUUAUACCACCUGUGUUCACCUUCCUUCCUGUCAAGCCACAGUAUAUAUUGUACAGCAUGUCCAGGUUACAUGGUACAGUUAGUACAGCAUGUCCAGGUUACAUGGUACAGUUAGUACAGCAUGUCCAGGUGGACAUGAGACAGUUAGGUACAGCAUGUCCAGGUUACAUGAUACAGUGAGUACAGCAUGUCCAGUUACAUUGGUCCAGUUAGUACACGCAUGUCCAGGUGGUUACUGGUGUACAGUUAAGUUCGUACAGCAUGUUCCAGGUUACAUGGUUACAUGUUAGUCAAGCAUGUCCAGGUUACAUGGUAAAGUUAGUAACAGCAUGUCCAGGUUCAUGGUACAGUUAGUACAGCAUGUCCAGGUACUUACAUGUUAGGUUACAUGAUACAGUUAGUACAGCAUGUCCAGGUUACAUGGUACAGUUAGUACAGCAUGUCCAGGUUACAUGGUACAGUUAGUACAGCAUGUCCAGGUUACAUGGUACAGUUAGUACAGCAUGUCCAGGUUACAUGGUACAGUUAGUACAGCAUGUCCAGGUUACAUGGUACAGUUAGUACAGCAUGUCCAGGUUACAUGGUACAGUUAGUACAGCAUGUCCAGGUUACAUGAUACAGUUAGUACAGCAUGUCCAGGUUACAUGGUACAGUUAGUACAGCAUGUCCAGGUUACAUGGUACAGUUAGUACAGCAUGUCCAGGUUACAUGGUACAGUUAGUACAGCAUGUCCAGGUUACAUGGUACAGUUAGUACAGCAUGUCCAGGUUACAUGGUACAGUUAGUACAGCAUGUCCAGGUUACAUGUACAGUUAGUACAGCAUGUCCAGGUUACAUGGUACAGUUAGUACAGCAUGUCCAGGUUACAUGGUACAGUUAGUACAGCAUGUCCAGGUUACAUGGUACAGUUAGUACAGCAUGUCCAGGUUACAUGGUACAGUUAGUACAGCAUGUCCAGGUUACAUGGUACAGUUAGUACAGCAUGUCCAGGUUACAUGGUACAGUUAGUACAGCAUGUCCAGGUUACAUGGUACAGUUAGUACAGCAUGUCCAGGUUACAUGAUACAGUUAGUACAGCAUGUCCAGGUUACAUGAUACAGUUAGUACAGCAUGUCCAGGUUACAUGGUACAGUUAGUACAGCAUGUCCAGGUUACAUGGUACAGUUAGUACAGCAUGUCCAGGUUACAUGGUACAGUUAGUACAGCAUGUCCAGGUUACAUGGUACAGUUAGUACAGCAUGUCCAGGUUACAUGGUACAGUUAGUACAGCAUGUCCAGGUUACAUGGUACAGUUAGUACAGCAUGUCCAGGUUACAUGAUACAGUUAGUACAGCAUGUCCAGGUUACAUGAUACAGUUAGUACAGCAUGUCCAGGUUACAUGAUACAGUUAGUACAGCAUGUCCAGGUUACAUGGUACAGUUAGUACAGCAUGUCCAGGUUACAUGGUACAGUUAGUACAGCAUGUCCAGGUUACAUGGUACAGUUAGUACAGCAUGUCCAGGUUACAUGGUACAGUUAGUACAGCAUGUCCAGGUUACAUGGUACAGUUAGUACAGCAUGUCCAGGUUACAUGAUACAGUUAGUACAGCAUGUCCAGGUUACAUGAUACAGUUAGUACAGCAUGUCCAGGUUACAUGGUACAGUUAGUACAGCAUGUCCAGGUUACAUGGUACAGUUAGUACAGCAUGUCCAGGUUACAUGAUACAGUUAGUACAGCAUGUCCAGGUUACAUGAUACAGUUAGUACAGCAUGUCCAGGUUACAUGAUACAGUUAGUACAGCAUGUCCAGGUUACAUGAUACAGUUAGUACAGCAUGUCCAGGUUACAUGAUACAGUUAGUACAGCAUGUCCAGGUUACAUGGUACAGUUAGUACAGCAUGUCCAGGUUACAUGGUACAGUUAGUACAGCAUGUCCAGGUUACAUGGUACAGUUAGUACAGCAUGUCCAGGUUACAUGGUACAGUUAGUACAGCAUGUCCAGGUUACAUGGUACAGUUAGUACAGCAUGUCCAGGUUACAUGGUACAGUUAGUACAGCAUGUCCAGGUUACAUGGUACAGUUAGUCUAGGCUACAGAGUCACUGUAUCUAUUUUUCAGGCCAGCAGUAAAUCACUUAAUUAGGCCUAUUGUUUAGUGUUUUAUUUAAUCAAGAUUUUCUGCCCCUCUAAAUGAGAUCCAGUAAUCAAGUUAUCAGGAAAUGCAUAUGCGUAAACCUCAGUGAUUACCUCUUUUACAUGGUCUCCCUGUUUGUCUCGUAAAGACAAAGAUUGUUAGGCCAGUGUACUUCUGGCUCCACCUAUACACUGGUUCCUUAAUAUGUAUAUUGUGUCUGUGUCUGUCUGUCUCUGUGUGUUUUGUCCAACCUUCCAGGUGUUGACGUUUAAGGAGAUCAACUGGCAGAGUCUGCGUAUCGAGGCCGAUGCCAUAGAGAGUGAGGACCAGGACCUGAACAGUACCCCACUACGCCUCAUCACCAACCAAGGACGCAUCCGCAUCGCCCUGAAGCGCAGGGUAAGACUGGACCAUGGGGGUGGGCUUUACUUGAUGUGACUUUUCCCCAACAGUUUACCCAUGUUACACUUUCUCAAAUGCAACUGUUCUCAUGGUGUAUCAGAGGUAAAUAAACAAACAACCAUUGUGUCAUUGUAAAAUGAUGACUAACCAGUAAAAUGGUUGUCUUAUGACGACUAACCAGGUUUCUCCUGUCUUUAAUCAUACCCCAGUUGAAGGACUGUAACGUGCUGGCCUCUAAGCUGUUCUUCAUCCUGGACGACCUGCUGUGGGUGCUGACGGACUCUCAGCUCAAAGCUGUCAUCCACUACGCCAAGUCCCUGAGUGAGGCCAUGGAGAAGUCUGCCCAACAGAGGAAGAGCAUGGCCGCAAAGUCCCUACAGGUACCAUCCUCCCACCUUUCUCUUAUAUUUGUUAGAACCAGUACAGAGUCUGCAGCCCACACUUAUUUUGCCCUGCAGUUCUUUGUCAAAUCUAACUAUAUUACUGAACUGCUGCCUAUCUACUCACUUAAACAUUUUGUCUAGAUAUUAUAAUAGUCUGUGUAAUAAUUGCAGUCAUAUUGCUGAUAUUAUUCUCUCUGUGUUAGACUGCACCCCCGUCCCCUGGUAUCCACGCUCUAUGGACAGACCCUCCACCCUCUCCCAGUGGUGGUUUCCCCAGUACCCUGGACCAGUACUUUGAUCAACACGACGUCAAAGAGUCCUCCUACCACACCUUCAUCUCUCGUCUGGACCUGCACAUAUGCAACGACAGUUCCUCAGCAGACCCCGGUUAGUCCCACAGACACCCCAAAGAUAUGCCAUGCACAGAAUUAGAUUAUAACCUAUGAACCUCAAACUCAACUCUGUACCUUGAAGCCAGUUCCACUGCGUUUUAUAAUUGUUGCCCUCUAAUCAGGGACUCGUUUAGAACUGGGACACCAGGUGUGUGCAAUUAAUUAUCAGGUAGAACAGAAAACCACCAGGCUCCAGACCUCGUAGGGUAAGAGUUGAAUAACCCUGACCUUUGUAGCUUUUCUGCCUAAAGUGAUCUUAUCUCUACUUUCUGGUUGUCUUUAAUUUAGACAAUUAGUGGGUGAAAACAUGCUUUGGUGAUGAAAUUUCACUUCCUAUUGUUAUAAAACACAUUUUACCAAGACAAAUAUGAUUCUUCAUGUUCUGAAUUGUUCAGUGGUGUCUUUUCUAACACAUCAUUAGCAUUAUAUCCAAAAAGUUGGAUUUCGUAACCUAAUACAUCCAAUAAUAAGCACCUCUGACAGAGCGGUGAAGCGCAGCGACUUUUGAGGAUUUUACAUGGUGGUGUGGUGGUCUUCUGCAAAGUUGUUUCCACGGGUUGCAAAAAGCUAAAUGAAUAUGACACGAGCUGAAUUAAAUGUAAAAGGCUUUGAAAAUAAACAGCUUGCGGUACGUUCAGUGCUCCGUUGAAAUUUCAGAGAUACGCUUGUUUUUCAGAUAAAUCUUUAUAUGGAAAGCGUAUACUAAAAUAUGAAAAUACUACAUUUCAUGUCUCAAAAUCGAUAUCGGUCUUACCUCUAUAUUGUUUUAUGUCCUCCGGAUUGGAUAAAAUGACGAGUUCAACGGUGAGCCUGUCAGUUUGCCUUAAUUUUCUCACAGCAUCCAGCCUAGCUGACGCAAUGCUGUUUUCUAGAUUGUUGACCACUUUUUUUCUCUGGCCAUCCUGCAAGGGUAAAAAACUCCAAUAACUUUUGAACAGAUUAUGAUAGAGCAGGGGUUCCCAAACUUUUUUGGGCCACGACCCCGUUUUGAAAUCUGAAAAUUCUCGCGACCCCAACCAUGUGAAAAAAAUAAUGUCAUUAACAGCCAAUGUUUACUUUUUUAUUUGGUGCUAUGGCAGUCAAUUGAAAAGCAUUCUAACAGUAUUUCUGAUUGUCUUCUCAACUCAUCAUCACAUACUUUUAAUGUGGGGCUAUGACAGUCAAUUGCAAAUUAGUCUGACAUAACAUCUCUUAUCUCACCAUCACUAAUGAGAUGGCUGUGCUUGAUGCAUAUCGUGUCGGAGCUUCUCAAAGUCAGGGGGAGUGGUCGACAGUGCUCACCUCAUCUCUGCUGUCACAUCCAACCUGGAUCGAUAUUUGGUUUUAAUGCAGACGAGAGCGCUGAAUCCAGCUUCACACAGAUAUGAGCUGGCAAAGGGUAGCCUGCCAUGAGUUUUAUGGUGUUUCAAGACAAUUGGGAACUCUUUAAAAAAAAUACGAGAUCAAAUCAUGACGUCAGUGCUCUUUAGGUCGGAAAGUCGGAGCUCUAGAAAGAGGCCCGAGUUCCCGAGUUGGAAUUCCGAGUUGGAUGGCUAUUGAAAACUAUUUUUCCCAGUUGGAGCUCGUUUCUUUCAGAGUGUCUUGAAUGCACUGAAGUCGGAAGUCGGAGAUUUCAGAGUUCCAAGUUCCCAGUUGUUUUGAAUGCGGCAUUAAUGCGCAGAGGGAGACUGCACGGUAUUCCCUUUGAGUCAGGAACCAAAACUCCUAGGUAGUGACCCGUGAAUGCGUUGUCUGCAGCAUUCGGUCACAUGACAGCUCGACCAGCUGUUCGAUUUCACUAACCGGCAUGUCGAUUGACCCAGGAUCACAGUCAAACGGAUUGGGAAGUAGGUCCCAAAGUGCUCUUCCAAGCGUUAGAGGUGAGCAGUCAUCACUCGUGUGGGCACUUACUGAUGCUGUUUUUUUGUCAUUUUCUUUUCAUUACACAGAAAGUCAGCCAAGUCUUUUUUUUUUUUUUUUUUUUUUUUUUUUUACAUCCAUUGGGAAUGACAACAGUUCCUCUCUCAAUGUGAAAAAUCUUUCCAACACUCCCCCUGGAUAACCACUAAGCCUAGGUGUGAAAUAGGAGACAAAUUAAUAACUAGAGCGCAGAGGCCUGCCCACCGUCCCACCAUAGAUGGAGCCCCAUCUGUGCAAAAGCCUACCAUUCGAUCCCAUAUGGAAUCUGUUUUUCGUCAAUAUAGCCACGCAGCACACUGAACUGUGGAAUAUGUGGUUUCAUGCUCGGGAAUCGUAAAACAGAACAUAUGUCCUCGUGAAUAGCUUCCCCCAACAUGUAUAGCGAACAAAAGUCAAUGCAUCUCGGCCCUCACAGCUAACGUCCAUUUAGAGAGCAUAAGCUGGGGAGUUUGAGUCGUUCAGUCAGAGCAUAAAUUAUUUGUCUGACAAAGGUAUUGAUGUGAGUUUCUGUGCCUCUAACUCCCCACACAUUGUUUUCACCAUAUCAGUUGCGUACGGUAAUAUCAAAGUCUUUGUAAUAAUGUGUAGUUUCAUAGCGUAGCGGACAUAGCCAUUCACCGUGGGAAGGAUUCAAGUGCAACGGUCAAGUGCGGCCUUUUCCCAUGAUCUAAGGGCACUCUCGUUUUGAAUUUUAUCUUUUAGAUUUGAAUACUUUUCAUUUAGAUUUUUAAGGUUAACCACAUUACAAUGAUUUUGAGAUAGAAAGACGAUAUUAUAAUAUAUAUAUAUUUUUGUAUAUAUUAUUUUAUUCUUCAGGAUUUUGGAAAUUCUACCAAGAUCACUUUUUUUCUUUUUUCUUAGAGGAGUAUCUACACAAUUAACAUAUUAUUUUACCCAUUGGUCAAAAGAUGCGUUUUGAUUGGACACCCUCCAAUUAGGCUCUUGAUGGUGAAACUUAGUUGUCAGAGGUGAACAAAGCUUUUGACCUCUGACCUCUCAUGUCACACAGAUGAGCCUCCUCCUCCAGGCUCCCAGGGUGCAAUGCAGCUGACCUUCCGCAAGCUGGGUUUUGACUACUACCCCAUCCACAGGCCUGGUGAGUGUACUUCCCCCUUUCGGUCAAGAGACUUGUGCUCCUAUUUGUUAUAAUUAGAGCUCACGUUUAUUCACUGCUGUCCACAACGUCCUUUGUUAGUGCUCACACUGAAAUCUCAACCUCCAUUCAGACUUCUAGUAAGCCUAUUCUCCAUUCAUUCAUGCAAGCUAAUAGCCUUUUUGUACAUAGUCCCCCCAUUUUGGGGGACCAAAAGUAUUGGGACAAAUUCACUUAUGUGUAUUAAAGUAGUCAAAAGUUUAGUAUUUGGUAUAGCAGGCAAUGACUACAUCAAUCUUGUGACUACAAAUUUGUUGGAUGCAUUUGCUGUUUGUUUUGGUUGUGUUUCAGAUUAUUUUAUGCCCAAUAGAAAUGAAUGGUAAAUAAUGUAUUGUGUCAUUUUGGAGUCACUUUUAUUGUAAAUAAGAAUAUAAUAUGUUUCUGAACACUUCUACAUGAAUGUGGAUGCUACCAUUAUUAUGGACAAUCCUGAAUGAAUCGUGAAUAAUGAUGAGUGAGAAAGUUACAGAUGCACAAAUAUCAUACACCUCCAAAAAAAUGCUAACUUCCCCUGUUAUUGUAAUGGUGAGAGGUUAGCAUGUCUUGGGGGUAUGAUAUUUUGCAUCUGUAACUUUCUCACUCAUUAUUCACGAUUAUUUCAGGUUUAUCCGUAAUCAUGGUAACAUGAUUCCUAGUAUAUGAAACCUCAACCUCCAUUCAGACUUCUAGUAAGCCUCCUCUCCAUUCAUUCAUGCAAACUAAAAAUACUUGAAGUUGAUGUGUAUAACUGGCAUGUUAUAUAUUUUUACUAGGAUGAGAGAUGGAAUCUUUUCAACAAUAACCCUGGUGAUGCACUGGAUCCUGUUGUAUAACCCUAAUGUAUGACUUUGAAUGAUAUGACCUGCAGGUGAUGGCUGUCGGCAUUGGGAGCGUCACUGUGGGGCGAUGGAGGCCCGGGCCCAGUGGGCUGGCAUACUACUGCAGGAGUUCCAGAGGAGGGUGGAAGUGUCAGGGAUCCCUGGGCCACACUCUGAGGUCCCCAACCAGGCCAAGGACUUCCCCGCCAAGAGGGCCCAGGGUGAGACUUACUACAACACACUGCCAGGUUAUCUUACUGUAGUAGGAAUCUGAUCCACCAACAGACAUACACUAUAUAUACAAAAGUAUGUGGACCCCCCUUCAAAUUAGUGGAUUCAGCUAUUUCAGCAAAAACCUUUGCUGACAGAUGUAUAAAAUCGAGCACACAGCCAUGCAAUCGCCACAGACAAACAUUGGCAGUAGAAUGGCCUUACUGAAGACCUCAGUGACUUUCAACGUGGCACCGUCAUAGGAUUCCACCUUUCCAACAAGUCAGUUCGUUGAAUUUCUGCUCUGCUAGAGCUGCCCCGGUCAAUGUGAAGUGGAAACGUCUAGGAGCAACAACGGCUCAGCCACGAAAUGGUAGGCCACGCAAGCUCACAGAACGGGACCGCCGAGUGCUGAAGAAUGUAUUGUGUAAAAUCGUCUGUCCUCGGGUGCAACACUCACUACCGAGUUCCAAACUGCCUCUGGAAGCAACGUCAGCACAAGAACUGUUAGUCGGGAGCUUAAUGAAAUGGGUUUCCAUGGCCGAGCAUCUGCACACAAGCCUAAGAUCACCAUGCGCAAUGCCAAGCGUCGGCUGGAGUGGUGUAAAGCUCGCCGCCAUUGGACUCUAGAACAGUGGAAAUGCGUUCUCUGGAGUAAUGAAUCGCACUUCACCAUCUGGCAGUCCAACGGACAAAUCUGGGUUUGGCGGAUGCCAGGAGAAUGCUACCUGCCUGAAUGCAGAGUGCCAACUGUAAAGUUUGGUGGAGAAGGAAUAAUGGUCUGGGGCUGUUUUUCAUGGUUCGGGCUAGGCCCCCUAUUUCCAGUGAAGGGAAAUCUUAACACUACAGCAUACAAUGGCAUUUUCGACAAUUCUGUGCUUCCAACUUUGUGGCAACAGUUUGGGGAAGGCCCUUUACUAUUUCAGCAUGACAAGUCCAUACAGAAAUGGUUUGUCGAGAUCGGUGUGGAAGAACUUGACUGGCCUGCACAGAGCCCUGACCUCAACUCCAUCGAACACCUUUGGGAUGAAUUGGAACGCUGACUGCGAGCCUAGCCUAAUCGCCCAACAUCAGUGCCCAACCUCACUAAUGCUCUUGUGGCUGAAUGGAAGAAAGUCCCCACAGCAAUGUACCAACAUCUAGUGGAAAGCCUUCCCAGAAGAGGGGAGGCUGUUAUAGCAGCAAAGGGGGGGGGACCAACUCCAUAUGAAUGCCCAUGAUUUUGGAAUGAGAUGUUCGACAAGCAGGUGUCCACAUAAUUUUGGUCAUGUAGUGUACCUAGUGAUGAGAAUAUAUGGUUAGUUACAAGUCACAGACACUGAUGCUAAAAGUUUGACUUAUGAUAUACACAGAUGGACAGCCCACCCCCACGGCUAGCCCGCCUGAAAGGGAGCAAAUCUCCAAGAGGAACUCAAUAGCACCUCCUCACCCGGGGAACCCUUUUAAGAGGCUCCGCUCCAGCUGUGUGGUGGUACGAAUGGAUGACCUGGAUAUCCAUCAGGUGAGACAGGACUACCUAUGUACAUCUCUCCGUAAGGCUUCUUCUGACAUUUUGUUUUCUGUAAUAAAGGCAGUCAAAGUAUGCCAUUCAUUCAAGCUAUCAAUGGCAAGGACAGAAGACAUUGAAUGCAGCAUGUUGCACAGAAUAGAGACCGGUUGAAGACAGGAAAGCCAUGUGAAGAAUAUGGAAUACUCUCUAUGCACUAUUACAUUAAUUCCUAACCUGGCAAUGUAGUUUUAGUUAUAUUACAGUAAGCGGGGAAAACCCUUUUCUCCUCGCCACGCUCGACUGCCCUAAAGCUUGUCAGCUGUGACGUAGAAAACCCCUGCAAACACAAAUAGAGCUUAGCAGUUCCUACUUUUACAGCCAUAGAGGAAAUCCGGUAUAAAAUGCAGCAUGACAAGAUAAUGGGUUAUUUUGGGGUUGAGUUGGUGGUUGUUCCCCUUUUUCUCUGAAAAAAAAUAAAUAUUUUUUUAAAAGUAAGACCUGUGUCAUUUCAUGAGAUUGAGCUCCAGAGGUAUUGGGACAGUGACACAUUUUUUGUUGUUUUGGCUCUGUACUCCAGCACUUUGGAUUUGAAAUGAUACAGUGACUAUGAGGUUAAAGUGCAGAUUGUCAGCUUUAAUUUGAGGGUAUUUUCAUCAAUAUCAGGUGAACCGUUUAGAAAUUACAGCACUUUUUGUACAUAGUCCCCCCAUUUUAGGGGACCAAAAGUAUUGAGAUAAAUUCACGUGUAUUAAAAUAGUAAAAAGUUAAGUAUUUAGUCCCAUAUUCAUAGCAUGCAAUGACUACAUCAAGCUUGUUACUGUACACAUUUCUUGAAUGCAUUUGCUGUUUGUUUUGUUUGUGUUUCAGAUUAUUUUGUGCCCAAUAGAAAUGAAUGGUAAUCAUGUAUUGUGUAAUUUCAGUCACUUUCAUAGUAAAUCAAAGUGACUGAAGCACAAAUAUCAUACCCCCCCAAAAUGCUAACCUCCCUUGUUAUUGUAAUGGUGAGAGGUUAGCAUGUCUUGGCGGUAUGAUAUUUCUGCGUCUAACUUUCUCACUCAUCAUUAUUGACGAUUCAUUCAGGAUUAUCCAUAAUCAUGGUGGCAUCCACAUGAAUGUAAAAGUGUUUAGAAACAUAUUAUAUUCUUAUUAAAGCUGACAGUCUGCACUUUAACCUCAUAGUCAUUGUAUAAUUUCAUCCAAAGUGCUAGAGGACAGAGCCAAAACAACAACAAAAUGGUCACAGUCCCAAUACUUUUGGAGCUUACUGUAGUUAAUACUGCAUUAAGUUCCUCUUAAAUUACUUUCACUCUGACAGUCAGAAAACUCAUCAUUACUUCACUCCAAUGCCAAUUUUAAGUUUUCGUGUGAGAAAAGCACUUUAGAAAUCAAAUUCACAUGAAUCAUUAUUACCAUCCCCCUCCCCUCAAACAGGUGUCUACAGGGGGACGCCACAGCAAGACCCAGUCGUUACUAUCCUGUAACCGCAAGGCCCUCAACCUAGCAGACAGUAUACCAGCCAUCCACCUGCAAUUCACAGAGUAUUACUUCCCUGACAACCCCGGUUUGCCUGGUAUGAGCUAACCAUAUACUGUUGUUUGUGUUUCUUGCAAACUGGUAUUUAGUCAAUAUCCUAGUAAAUUAUUCAAACGGUAGUUUCUUGCUGAUCCUCCAAUUCAAUAUUCAGUUCUCUUGUGUUGAAAUACUUUUUCCACAUUUUGUUACGUUACAGCCUUAUUCUAAAAUUGAUUUUUUUAUUAUAUUUUUUUAUCUCAGCAAUCUACACAUAAUACCCCAUAAUGACAAAGCGAAAACAGAUUUAGCAUUUUUUUUGCAAAUGUAUUAAAAAUAAAAAACAGAUACCUUAUUUACAUAAGUAUUCAGACCCUUUGCUAUGAGACUCGAAAUUGAGCUCAGGUGCAUCCUGUUUCCAUUGAUCAUCCUUGAGAUGUUUCUACAACUUGAUUUGAGUCCACCUGUGGUAAAUUCAAUUGAUUGGACAUUGGAUUUGGAAAGGCACACACCUGUCUAUAUAAGGUCCCACAGUUGACAGUGCAUGUCAGAGGAAAAACCAAGCCAUGAGGUCGAAGGAAUUGUCCUUAGAGCUCCGAGACAGGAUUGUGUCGAGGCACAGAUCUGGGGAAGGGUACCAAACAUUUCUGAAGCAUUGAAGGUCCCCAAGAACACAGUGGGCUCCAUCAUUCUUAAUCGGAAGAAGUUUGGAACCACCAAGACUCUUCAUAGAGCUGGCCGCCCUGCCAAGCUGAGCAAUCGGGGGAGAAGGGCUUUGGUCAGGGAGGUGACCAAGAACCAGAUGGUCACUCUGACAGAGCGCCAGAGUUCCUCUGUGGAGAUGGGAGAACCUUCCAGAAGGACAACCAUCUCUGCAGCACUCCACCAAUCAGGCAUUUAUGGUAGAGUGGCCAGACAGAAGCAGUAAAAGGCACAUGACAGCCCGCUUGGAGUUUGCCAAAAGGCACCUAAAGACUCUCAGACCAUGAGAAACAAGAUUCUCUGGUCUGAUGAAACCAAGAUUGAACUCUUUGGCCUGAAUGCCAAGCGUCACGACUGGAGGAAACCUGGCACCAUCCCUACGGUGAAGCAUUGUGGUGGCAGCAUCAUGCUGUGGGGAUGUUUUUCAGCGGCAGGGAAGACUAGUCUGGAUCGAGGCAAAGAUGAACGGAGCAAAGUACAGAGAGAUCCUUAAUGAAAACCUGCUCCAGAGCACUCAGGACCUCAGACUGGGGCGAAGUUUCACCUUCCAACAGGACAACGACCCUAAGCACACAGCCAAAACAACGCAGGAGUGGCUUCGGGACAAGUCUCUAAAUGUCCUUGAGUGGCCCAGCCAGAGCCCGGACUUGAACCUGAUCAAACAUCUCUGUAGAGACCUGGAAAUAGCUGUGCAGCAACACUCCCCAUCCAACCUGACAGAGCUUGAGAGGAUCUGCAGAGAAGAAUGGGAGAAACUCCCCAAAUACAGGUGUGCCAAGCUUGUAGAAUCACACCCAAGAAGACUCAAGGCUGUAAUCGCUGCCAAAGGUACUUCAACAAAGUACUGAGUAAAGGGUCUGAAUACUUAUGUAAAUGUGUAUUUCCAUUUUUUUAGUUUUAGAAAUUUGCAGACAUUUCUAAAAACCUGUUUUUGCUGUGUCAUUAUGUGUAGAUUGAUGAAGAAAAAAAACAAUUUAAUUAAUUUUGGAAUAACAAAAUGUGGAAAAAGUCAAGGGGUCUGAAUACUUUCCGAAGGCACUGUAUAUCCCUCUCUUCAUCCCCCUCUCCUUCCCCAGUACCCAAUACGAACCUGUAUGCCCAACUGAACGGCCUACAGCUGUGCCUGGACCCAGCCAGUCUGCUGUGGGUCAACCUGUUCUCUAGGGGCCUGCUGCGUACCCUGGAGCAGGUCAAAGCCUUCUACCACCUCCAGGACAGUGGCAAGGCAGAGGAGCACAUGGACAUGCACAUGGACGCAGCUCAGAUCAAGGUGAGGCUGGUUGAAUAAACCCAGACCAAGCUGUCAGAAGGAGAGUUGCAUCGUUGCAGUCAGUGUCCCUUUUGGCAGCAGGGUAUUACAGCUCAUUACACAACUUUAAGUAAUUUGAAGUGUUUCUAGUGUUGCUCAUGAAAACUGGAUGAAAACCUGGAAAACCUUCCAGAUGUUUGCCCUUCGGGAUUUUUGUGUAGAAACACUACUUUAUUUGGUAAUGAGUAUGCAGUUCACAGUUUUGUAAUAUUUAUGUCUUUCGUCUUUAUGAUGAACAGUUUUCUUUCCAAUGAAAUGAAAGGGGCACAUCAUUUAAACUUUGGUGUUGAUGUUAUUGCAAGGUUAGUGUAUCAGGUCCAGGAGAUGACUGUGUUCCUGUUUCUGUGCCUCCCCCCUGUCUGUCUACAGCUGAUCAUUCCCCUGGAGUCGUCCAUCAUGGACCACCAGGACCGGCCCCAGUCCCUGAGCAUCACCGUCCCCCAGACGGUCCUCAGCAACACCCGCCACUUCCCCCACGGCGCCCGGACCGACCUCCACACCACCUACAGCAGCUUCUCCACCUGCCACUUCUUCCAGUCAACUCCCCCCUGCUCCUUCCCCCGAGACCAGAGCUUCUUCCUCCCCCUACCCUCUGCCUUCCUCCAGCACUCCCUGGAGAUGGAGCCCCUGCCCCUGUCUGAGAGGAGGCCCCUCAGGGCCAAGGAUGUCUGGUUCCUCAGCCUGUCCAGUCUGUCCAUGAGCUUCGAGGGGGCGCGGAAAAGCAACAGGGGCAGAGCUCACCCCUUCGUGGAGCCUUUCACAAUUUCUGUGUGGAUGUGUCGUCCGUCUGAGUUUAAGGGCAGUUCCCUGGUCUCCUCCCCCAGUGAACCAGCUCCUGUUGAUCCCGACCAUAAAACCCCAGAGCAGCAGGAGAACCACCUCCCGCCCAACCUGGAACACAACCAGGACAGUCAACAGGAGGCUCCAGUGGCUUCUAUCCAUUUCCUGGCCCAGGCCAUCACACCUGUCAAGGUGUGGCUCAACCACUACCAGUAUGUUGCCCUGUUGCGGAUGAAGGACACCCUGGCCAGGCUGGGGGAUGAGCUGGGCCGGGACACCAGGGACGCUAAGCAAGCCAGGGGCCAGGAGGCUGACCGCCCUACGGUGUGCCUAGCCCUCCUAAUGGACUCAGUGGAGCUGGGGCUCCUGCUACCACCUGCAGCCACUGAACCAGAGGAGGAGGAGGCCCACACCCCAGGGUCUGAAAGCCCCAGCCUGACAGACUCCGACCUCUCCCCCACUCACCAGGCUACAUUGCCAGGCCCUCUGGAGGAUAGUGGGAUAGGAAAUGCCACUGCCACCGUCAACAGCUCUCCUCCCCUUGAGCAGGAGGUGGAUGGUGUGGUAGAGGAGGCCAGCGAGGCAGUAGAGGGCAUGGAGGGGGAGAUGGCCCAGGGGGAUGGCAAUGGUCCUGUUCUCUCUCCUCCCUUCUCCCCUGAACACCAUCCCUCUCUCCUGUCCAGGGACCCCUCUACCUUCAGCCUGGAGGGAGAGCUGUCCACUGCCCUCACCGCCACCAAGGACGUCACCAAAGAUGCCUUUAGCGCCUCCCUGGACCUGACUAAAGGGGCGUUCUCCAUCACAAAAGAUGCCUUCAGCUUCAUGAGUCGCGGGUCGGGGAUGAGCAAGCUGUUCAAUCCACAGGCAAAGUAGGUUUCCCAGCAUGCUCUCCUGCUGUGCUGUUGUCAUUACACCAUAUGGUUCAGGUCCAUAGUGUAAACUGUAUGGAUGUGGUUUUACUGGUGUGAAUGAAUAUAAAGGCUGUUGACCCUAACUCACCCUGUUUCUGUUUGUGUAGGGAGCAGCGCCCUGAGGAGGGGUCCCCCAUGGCCAGCCUGCGGCUCCAGUCCAUGAACCACUCUUUCUCACAGCACUCAUUUGACAGCGCUAUCCUGGACGGCAGCCUGCCCAACGACCACCUCUCAGUGGAAAGCGACACCAGCGAGAACUUUGUCAUCCUCAUGGAUGGUAACUCCCCACAAUAUCAUCAGUCACUUUAAUACCAUCCAAACUAUACAACACAUGUGCGUAUUGUAUCAAGGGAAUGUAGAACAUAAAAAAAAAGAUACACUAUCUAUCUAGUAAGAUGAUUAAAAACAAUAGGCUGCUUAAUCUUGAAUCCCCCUGGCCAUAAGUAAGAGUUUUGUUUUUCUGUUGUGGUUUCAGAGUCAGGAGUAGAGUCCAUGAUGCGACCCAACGGCACCCAGGAGCCCAGUGGAGGCAGCCCUGCCCUGGGGACAGAGGGGGGGUCCUUAGCUGACCUGAGCAGCUCCCUGUCCCAGAGCAUUGAGGACAUCACACAGGACACAGUGGGUCCCAUUUACAUACACACGCUGUCCAGUGUGACAUUACAGAAGCAUUGUCAGCAUUUUCACUGUAUAUGCUCAGCAAUCAUACUGUAAGCUGAGCAAUGCAGAAUUCUUAUUGUGGUUAAAUGAUUCUGCUGUGCUGUGCAGACCUCUGUGUUGUUGCUGGUGCUCAGUGGGAUGGCCUGUGUGACGGACCUGAAGGGAGAGGACCUGGUGGUGGCAGUGGAGGCCCAAGACCUCACCCUCAGACAGAUGGGCAACGUCAAGGUCUCUGACCUGCUGGCCGGACUGGUGCCAGGUAACUGCAAGCUACGGAUGGAACUAUAUGCUUUUAUUCAUUCUGGAUGACCGCCAGAGGCAGAUUUGGAUAAUAAUCCAGCGUAAACAUUACCUCUGACAGUCACCGAAAAUGAAAUAGAAUUUAUCUACCUAAAGACCCUGCACCUUACUUAGCAUCAGUCACACUCAACAUCUGUCUCAACACACUGGCUCUCAAUUUCAAAUAAAAAUGGUUCCUUUUGUCAGAGAACACUGUCCUCCCAACCCACAUUCUCUCAGAUUCCCUGUGAAUCACCUGCACACACAAAAAAAGAAAAACUACACCUUAUGGAACAACGCGGACUGUGAAGAGGCACACAGGCACACUCACACACAGGCUAGCACACGCAUGCUACACACACAUACAGUGGCUUGCGAAAGUAUUCACCCCCCUUGGCAUUUUUCCUAUUUUGUUGCCUUACAACCUGGAAUUAAAAUGGAUUUUUGGGGGGUUUGUGUCAUUUGAUUUAUACAACAUGCCUACCACUUUGAAGAUGCAAAAUAUUUUUUUGGGUGAAACAAACAAGAAAUAAGACAAAAAACAGAACUUGAGCGUGCAUAACUAUUCACCCCCCCCAAAGUCAAUACUUUGUAGAGCCACCUUUUGCAGCAAUUACAGCUGCAAGUCUCUUGGGGUAUGUCUCUAUAAGCUUGGCACAUCUAGCCACUGGGAUUUUUGCCCAUUCUUCAAGGCAAAACUGUUCCAGCUCCUUCAAUUUGGAUGGGUUCCGCUGGUGUACAGCAAUCUUUAAGUCAUACCACAGAUUCUCAAUUGGAUUGAGGUCUGGGCUUUGACUAGGCCAUUCCAAGACAUUUAAAUGUUUCCCUUUAAACCACUUGAGUGUUGCUUUAGCAGUAUGCUUAGGGUCAUUGUCCUGCUGGAAGGUGAACCUCCAUCCUAGUCUCAUCUCUGGAAGACUGAAACAGGUUUCCCUCAAGAAUUUUGCUGUAUUUAGGGACCAUCCAUCAUUCCUUCUAUUCUGACCAGUUUCCCAGUCCCUGCUGAUGAAAAACAAGGGGAUGGUGUUCUCGGGGUUUAGAGAGGUGUUGGGUUUGCGCCAGACAUAGUUUUCCUUGAUGGCCAAAAAGCUCAAUUUUAGUCUCAUCUGACCAGAGUACCUUCUUCCAUAUGUUUGGGGAGUCUCCCACAUGCCUUUUGGGGAACACCAAACGUGUUUGCAUAUUUUUUUCUUUAAGCAUUGGCUUUUUUCUGGCCACUCUUCCGUAAAGCCCAGCUCUGUGGAGUGUACGGCUUAAAGUGGUCCUAUGGACAGAUACUCCAAUCUCCGAUGUGGAGCUUUGCAGCUCCUUCAGGGUUAUCUUUGGUCUCUUUGUUGCCUCUCUGAUUAAUGCCCUCCUUGCCUGGUCCUGUGAGUUUUGGUGGGCGGCCCUCUCUUGGCAGGUUUGUUGUGGUGCCUUAUUCUUUCAAUUUUUUUAUAAUGGAUUUAAUGGUGCUCCGUGGGAUGUUCAAAGUGCCUGAUAUUUUUUUAUAACCCAACGCUGAUCUGUACUUCUCCACAACUUUGUCCCUGACCUGUUUGGAGAGCUCCUUGGUCUUCAUGGUGCCGCUUGCUUGGUGGUGCCCCUUGCUUAGUGGUGUUGCAGACUCUGGGACCUUUCAGAACAGGGGUAUAUAUACUGAGAUCAUGUGACAGAUCAUGUGACACUUAGAUUGCACACAGGUGGACUUUAUUUAACUAAUUAUGUCACUUCGGAAGGUAAUUGGUUGCACCAGAUCUUAUUUAGGAACUUCAUAGCAAAGGGGGGUGAAUACAUAUGCACGCACUACUAUUCCGUAAUUUAUUUUUUAGCAUUUUUUGAAACAAGUUAUUUUUUUCAUUUCACUUCACCAAUUUGAACUAUUUUGUUUAUGUCCAUUACAUGAAAUCCAAAUAAAAAUUCAUUUAAAUUACAGGUUGUAAUGUAACAAAAUAGGAAAAACGCCAAGGGGGAUGAAUACUUUUGCAAGGCACUGUACAUUUUAAUAUUGAAUAUAUUGUGGUAUUAUACAUUUUGUGUUGUAGAAAUGUAGUGGUUUUUUUUUAUGUGCUUGGACCCCAGGAAGAGAGCAGCUAAUGGGGAUCCAUAAUAAAUACAAAUUCACACUCAUAUUGUGAUUUAAUCACUCCUGUAAUCACCUCACUCUCUCAACCCAGUGUAACUACUAAAGACUCUCAAUGCUACUAUUAGACCACUCCGCAUCCAUAGUACCCAUUCUCUGACUACACAACACACAAUUUUUUCCAUGAUGUCUGUAGCUCCUGGUGGGUCUACCGUGGGCCAGAGGCAAGGCUGCAGGGCAGCUCCCAUGGUGGGCAUGCGGAUGGAGAUGGGUCCUUCUGCAGCGCGGCAUGGUUCCCUGUCUGCGUUGGUGGGUCACCUGGAGCUGGGAGUGCGAGGCUGUCGGGUGGAGCUGUUGGUCUCUACCCUGGCCACCCUGGGGCCAUUCCUGGAGGAUGAGCUCAGUGGCGAUGUCCAACCCAUUAAGAUCCGGCUGGAAAACGUCACCAUCACUCUGAAGGUCAGCUGGUGACAGGGAGACAAUGGAACUCUGUUGGGGUCAGAUAAUGUUAUUUGACGUGUAGCCUAUGUUUUUAUACGUGGUAAGACCCCAACAGUGUUCCAUAGGAUACAGAUUGAAUAAAUGACAGUUAGCCUGCCAUCCAUGCAAUGGAGUUAACCAGUGUUUUCCCCCUCCUGUUUAGGAUGAUGGUCCCAAGAUCUACCCCACGGCCCCCCAGCCCCAACCUGCCACCUUUACCGUGGACCAGGUGGUUGUAGAGCGAUCUGAUGACGGCAUUUUGAGAAUCAAAGGUGAUUGGGGGAGAGGAGACAGACAUAUCUUUGAAUAUCACUAUGAUUACAAUGAUUUUGUCUCUCACUGCUUGAAUGACAUGCAAUAACAGGAGUCAUCUGUAUUUCUAAAUAUGUAUUGUCUGUCUUGCAGGUGGUGAAGGCCCAGUCCCAAGAGACUCUGUAGGUGGUGCUGUGGUAUGUAUGGAGAAGCCAGACAGUUUUUGUUCUGUCCAACAAUAGCAGAUCUCUACACCCACUCAUUCUGGCUCACUCAGUCAUUACUCAUGAGAUUAUCACAGGGUUUAUAAGAUGAGUGACUCAAAGAAAAACAGCCAUUGAACCAAAACACAAGCCGUCAACAAAAACAUGAUUGUGUUAGGGUAUCACCAGUGUCAGUAAGGAUUAGGCUAGUUCGAACCACCAUGUAAAAUGAAAGCGUAGCAUACAGUGGGGAAAAAAAGUAUUUAGUCAGCCACCAAUUGUGCAAGUUCUCCCACUUAAAAAGAUGAGAGAGGCCUGUAAUUUUCAUCAUAGGUACACGUCAACUAUGACAGACAAAUUGAGAGAGAAAAAAUCCAGAAAAUCACAUUGUAGGAUUUUUAAUGAAUUUAUUUGCAAAUUAUGGUGGAAAAUAAGUAUUUGGUCACCUACAAACAAGCAAGAUUUCUGGCUCUCACAGACCUGUAACUUCUUCUUUAAGAGGCUCCUCUGUCCUCCACUCGUUACCUGUAUUAAUGGCACCUGUUUGAACUUGUUAUCAGUAUAAAAGACACCUGUCCACAACCUCAAACAGUCACACUCCAAACUCCACUAUGGCCAAGACCAAAGAGCUGUCAAAGGACACCAGAAACAAAAUUGUAGACCUGCACCAGGCUGGGAAGACUGAAUCUGCAAUAGGUAAGCAGCUUGGUUUGAAGAAAUCAACUGUGGGAGCAAUUAUUAGGAAAUGGAAGACAUACAAGACCACUGAUAAUCUCCCUCGAUCUGGGGCUCCACGCAAGAUCUCACCCCGUGGGGUCAAAAUGAUCACAAGAACGGUGAGCAAAAAUCCCAGAACCACAAGGGGGGACCUAGUGAAUGACCUGCAGAGAGCUGGGACCAAAGAAACAAAGCCUACCAUCAGUAACACACUACGCCGCCAGGGACUCAAAUCCUGCAGUGCCAGACGUGUCCCCCUGCUUAAGCCAGUACAAUGCAAGGGCUUAGCAUGUCAGUCAAUGAACCAGAUCUAACAUCCAAGAACACCAUAGAAGAGGGGUGGAAUAUGCUUGGGGCUAGGGAGUUGAAAGAAAGAAUCCAGUAUCGUAGUUUGCCGCAGGGCGAAGGAAACGGAGCAUCCACCAAACACCGCCCACGAGAAGUGCUCUAAAGGGAGUCCUAGCAUCUCAAUCUCACCCAUAGAAAUUUGAGGAAAGUCGUGGCCAGCGAAGCCCAAACAUACAGCCUAGAGGAGAUCUGCAUGGAGGAAUGGCCAAAUCCAGCAACUUGUGAAAACCUUGUGAAGACUUACAGAAAACGUUUGACCUGUGUCAUUGCCAACAAAGGGUAUAUAACAAAGUACUGAGAAACUUUUGUUAUUGACCAAAUACUUAUUUUCCACCAUCAUUUGCAAAUAAAUUCAUAAAAAAUUCUACAAUGUGAUUUUCUGGAUUUUAUUUUCUCAUUUUGUCUGUCAUAGUUGACGUGUACCUAUGAUGAAAAUUACAGGCCUCUCUCAUCUUUUUAAGUGGGAGAACUUGCACAAUUGGUGGCUGACUAAAUACUUUUUUCCCCCACUGUACAUAAAGUGCUUAUUCGUGAUAGCACAGUCCCUACAAUAGUUGCAUUGUACUUAUGUUGGUUUUUAACCUUAAAUGUGUGUGAAAUGGUUGAUAUAGAAACACAUGUACUCCUGUUCUUGUCUGGUUAUCUUAUUAAGGCUAAGAGGGGCCAAAUCAGGGCAGCAAUUACAGCUGAUGAGAUUUGGCUACCUGCCCUAGCAAAUAAACAUUAUUUAGAAGUGAAAAGCAAUAAAGACAACAACCUUUUCCCUACAGAAUACGUUCCUGGAGUCCCAGCUAACGGAGGCUCAGGCAGCCCUCUCUCAAGCCCUCACUGACCGAGAGCGUCUCCUCCUGGAGGUUAGGAAGUACCACCCCAUGUUUGACCUGUGA